AUGGAAGGCGCCUCCUUCGGAGCCGGUCGGGCCGGGGCAGCUGUGGACCCCCUGGAGUUCCUCCAGGGCCCACAUCAGUCACUCCAACUUUGUAAAUGGAUCUUUGCCAUUGUCGUCUUCGGCUCCAUCAUCAAUGAGGGAUACGUUAAUACUGACAAGUCACCGAUGUUACGGUGCAUCUACAACGCCAACGAAAGCGCCUGCAACUACGGAAUCACCAUCGGCCUCAUUGCCUUCUUGGCUUGCAGCCUCUUCUUGGUGGUGGACCUCUACUUCCAGCAGAUCAGCAGCGUGAAAGACCGGAAACGCGUUGUCCUUGUGGACCUUGGCUUCUCAGGCUUCUGGUCCUUCCUGUGGUUCGUGUCCUUCUGCUUCUUGGCCAACCAGUGGCAGCGGACGGCACCCAGUAGAGAAGCGUCGCAUGGUGGAGAUGCUGCCAGGGCAGCCAUUGCAUUCUCUUUCUUCUCCAUCCUCUCCUGGGUCGCCCUGACUGUAAAGGCCCUCCAGAGAUACAAGAUGGGGACCGACAUGUCUCUCUUCGCCACAGACCAGUUUCCUCCUGACCCCAACGCUGGAUAUCCCGGGUACCCCACGGGGAGUGGCGUCGAAAGCACGGAAACCUACCAGAGCCCUCCUUUCUCGGAGACCUUGGACACGAGCCCCAAAGGCUACCAGGUGCCGGCGUACUGAAAAGGCUGAGGUUUUGGGGAGGGCAAGGCGGGCGUCCCAUGUGGUUGUAUAGCAAAUGGGAAGCCAGACCCAGAGAGAAAUGGGCCAGGUUCCCUUCUAUGGUGCAGUCAUAGUCAACUGGUUGGUUGCAAAUGUAUUCAGAGUACUUUUCCUUUCCUUUCCUUUUUUUAAAUGUGGCAAGUUAUGUGCUGGGUUAAACUUACUCUUAGCUCAUGGUGCAGUGAAUUCUGUACAGUGGUAUUGGUUCUUGUCUUACCUGUCCAAGGGUCUUUUUUUAAAAAGAAUAUAUAUAUACACACACAUACAUACAUACAUAAAUACAUAUAUAUAUAUAUAUAAAACGAAAAACAAACAAACUUAACAGUGUUCCCUCUAAGCAUGACAUUCUAGGACGGUUGCUACUCUAUUCCAGUGUCUUUGUUCAUGUGGCCAUUUUGCUGGAAGCGCACAUGAAAACUGGCCAGAGGUCAGCCUCUUUGAAACCUUCCCCAAAUCAGUAGAUGCUUUAUCUCGUCUUCCAGGGCUAACCCCAAAAAAUCAUUCCCACAUUUUUUAUUGAAGAGACUUUCCUUUCCAUUCUGCCUUCUUCCCCCCCCCCCCCCCCCCAAUAACCUUAGCAAAUGUAGCCUGGAUUAUUUCCCCAACCUCUCCCUAUCCCCCAAAGAAAUGUGCCAAAUCUAAAGCCAAAAAAUAACAGUUGUGUUAUUUUUCUGUGUGCGUAUAUAUAUAAUUAUACAAUUCCUGGAUUAUGUGAGUGAAUAUAGGCUUGCAUGCUUUAGCUUUGCAGUUCUGAUAACCCAGGUGGCGUUGGUUCAGAUGGAUUCAGGGCAUAAAAUAAAUUGAAUUUUUGCACUCAGGACAGAAAAAAUUCCAGCACUGGAAUGGCAAUCAACAAAAGCUGCUUAGCAGAGAGAGAGAUAGCAUUGUGGCAGAUCAGAAAAAUAAAAAUAGGGCUAGCAGAAGGUAGCACCCAUCCCAUAGCAUCCAACCAAACACCUGAGUGCCCUGGACAGGCCCAAGAAUUCCUACAUCUCUUCCAUUUUAGUAACAUUGCAGGUAAUUUUGGUGGAAAA